AUGGCAGAGGAGGGCAAGGAGGAGAAGGCUCAGGAGAAGGCGAUUGCCCGACUUUCCUUGGCUAUCCGUGCCAUCCUGAAGAUCGAGGAAGACCCCAGGCCAGAGCCGCCGCUAAAGCGCGCGCGAGCGGACGGCGAUGCAUCGCCUGGCGACACCUCGGCAGUCGCUGGCCAGAGAUCUCCUGAGGAUACGGUGACCCCGGCGCGAUGCGUCUGCGUGAUGCUGCUAGGCAUGCGUGGCUCGGGGAAGACAGCUGUCUGCAACAUCCUUCAUGAGGUGACAGGCGGCGCUCACAUCCACUAUGACGAGAUUGGCGCCUCAUCGCCCAAGAAAGGUCCAAGGAAAGCGUACACUCGAGAGCUUCGUGCUGCCUUGGCUCGGACUCUCCAAGCUACGCGCCACAAGAAAGGCGAGAGUCCAGAGGCCCGUCAACCCAUCGGAGAGGGGGACAACUUUCUCCUCAUCGACAGGACCAACAUAUUGCGCAGCCAGCGGAUGGAUGCCAUCGUCGAGAUGCAGAAGUUAAAAUGGAAGCAGCGGGGCUGCCGGACGCUGCUGGUAGAGUUCGUUCACCCAAACGACGAGAUGGGUUAUGCCCUGGAAGGACAGCUGUCCAAACGCUACGGCGACUCCCACGUCGGACUGUGCGUCAGCCGGAUCGAGCAACGCGGCUGCGCGCACCAUGCCCUGAAGCCCUCAGCAAGGCUGCGAACGGUACUGCAAAAGGAGGCCAAAGCCAUGGAGCCCGUGUCGCCUGAAGAACAGCGCCACUUCGACAGACACGUCACGCUGGAUGUGUGUCUCAGCCCACCAGAGACAGCUGCAGAGAUUACCAAGGUGAUCCGCGAGCGGGGGUGGCUCCCAACGCUCGGCAGCAGCUCCGACUGGUCCAUCAAAGCAGAAUUGGCCUGGCAACUCUUCACCCGCGCAGAGGAGCGAUGGCGGCAGGGAAUGGGCAGCGAGCGUGGCACCUGGCUGGCGCAGUGUCGUCAGGCGCAAGCCGCGGAGAAGGCCGUUGCUCAGGCGGAGGCCGCACGGGCCCGAGUAGCCGGACGAGGGCAGCAGCAGGCGAAGGAAACCUUCUGGAAGUUUGACCUCCCGGAGGUGCGACGUGUGCUGGUGAACUUCCCCAUUCUGCCGCAGACGUUCACGCCUGCAGAGUCCACCUUCAUCAAGCUUCUGCAGCUUCCCGCAGACGGGGAUAUGGAGAGAUCCGCCCAGGAGCAGGGGCUUGAGAAGCAGACGAUGGAAGCCAUGCAGGACGCCCUGGAGGCCCUGCGCGGCGAAACCUUCGAAGUGAAGAUGACCAGAAUCCUCAUUUCGGAGACGGUUGCCCUAGCACUGGUGGCACUUCCGCCUGUUGUUCCGAGUGCCAACAAGGUGCCACACGUUGUCUUUGGAAUGCGUCCGGGAGCUCCAGAGUGGUCGGUGGAGUCGAUGCUCGAGAAGGUUGAAGCAGAGAAGGAUUCAACGGGCAAAAAGACGGUGACGUGCACAGAGCUGCCCACACCGCGGCCAGUGAAAGGUCAGAUUCAGCUCCACCACCCCGCGAGCUGA